AUGGGUGCGACCUCAAGACCUGAGCCUAUGCUAUGGUCCCUCAAAGACGAGCGGCAUUGGGAAGAUGAGAUGGAUGAAAUGGAAGUGGACGAGAUACAGGCUGAAAGCCCUGAACAAUUCGUUACAAUCACCAAUGACCAGCAGAUACGGCUUUCAAUAAUGACACCUCGUGUGCUUCCUGCAACAAACUCGGUAAAUCCAUAUCUCCAAUUUUGGUUGCCAUUAUCAAUGAACGACAGGGCGUUGUUCCCUGCGUUACUCUCUGCGUCUCUUUCACAUCGGGUAAUCAACGGCCUCCUUUCUGGUGUUAUCUCUUCCCGCUACAGUGACGAUACUCCGCAUCUCCAAGCUUGCUAUAAAGAGACAAUAAGCGCACUCAAUGAUGUCCUUCGAGAUCCUUCACGUGCAACUACUGAUGAAACAAUCUUGGCGGUCUUGAUGACUGUCGAGAAACCCGAAAUAGAGAUGCACAAAUUAUGGUCCCAGGAGUCUCCCUUUCAAGCACCUCUUCAAGGUCUCCAAUGGCUGAACGUGCACAGUGCAAGGGAGCCUAACUUGACCCAUCAAAAUGGGCUCUGUCGUAUUAUACAGCUGCGUGGAGGUCUUGCCAAUAUCCAAACCCCAGGAGUCGCAGCAGCAGUCUUUUAG